GCUUCUGUUAAGACAUAUAUAUGACUGUUCUUUAGUUUUGUAAAAACGUCAUAAACAAUUUUUAAUACUCUUAAAAAAUUUAUAAAUUUAUUAAUACUUUCUUCAAAAAUGUUUGCUAAAUUUUUCACUUUUGUGAUUAUAGUGAUACCAGUUACAACAAAAUUGGUCCCUUAUAUUCAUGCAUGCGGCCGAAAAAAUCCAAAUAUUGAUAAUUGCAUCAUGCAAAGUAUUGAAGAUUUAAAGGAAAGGAUAUGUAUUGGAAUACCAGAAUUAGAGUCUCCACCAUUGGAGCCAUUCGUUAUUGAUCAUAUAACUAUUUCUGACUCAAAUAAUGCCAAGUUAUUUCUCAAAGAUUCAAACAUAUUGGGGAUUUGCAAUUUUGCUCUGAAUACUUUUCAUAUAGACCUUGAUAAGCUCCAAUUUAAUUUUACUGUCACAUUCCCAAAAGUUUAUUCAAAUAACACGUAUGAUAUUGAUAUACGUGUACUGCUGCCUGUUGUUCACAAAGGACCGAUUCAUUUUAUUACAGAUAAUGUAUUAGCGAAAAGCACACUAGACCUGAAAAUAAUAACCAGAUACGGUGAAAGAUACGUAUAUAUAUCAAAAAUGAAUUUGCAGUUCGACAUUAAAGGAUUGAAAACUAAGCUUGAUGUGAACGAACCAUCUCAGUUAAACGAAAUUAUUAGGAACUUCUUAGUCUAUAAUGAAGAAGAAUUAAUCGCCAAAAUUAAACCAUCGUUAGAAACGGAAGUCUCUAAAAAAAUAAUUUCAAUUGCGAACAAUAUAGUUAAACAUUUUACUUUUAACGAACUUUUCCCGGAUCGCGACUAAAUAAUUAAUUAAAUCUCAGUUUAAUUAAUGUAUAGUUAACACAAUUUUCUUACAAUAUCUUGAGAUUACUUAAUUGAAAAUAUUUUGUUUGUUAUAUUGCUUUAUUUUAAUUAUUAUUCUGCACCCCUUCUGGUAAAUUUAAUAAUUCUAAAGUAUCUUCUUGCAUCUAUUAUUUAAUAAAAA